UCUUCGCCUAGAGAUAAACUAAAUGCACAGGAAGUUGACAAGAUUGUCAUUGUCAACAAGCAGACAAGCAGACGGUUUUGUUUUUCACACUCUGAAGCAAUGAUAAUGUGGAACAGGAGGAGGAAUCGUUAUUAAACAUGACAGAAAACAAUGCCUGCGAGUCACAAUUUGUUUGCAGUUUUGUUAAUUCAACAGUACAGCAGUGUGGCUUAAUUGAAUAUAAAAAGACCUGGCCAAGUCGAAUUCUUCCCCUAACAUGUUGUAAAGAUUCAGUGGACUCGCAUCUUUACAAAUAUUCAAUAAGUCGUAGGAGUAUUGACAGUGAAAGUUCAUUAUUGAAGAUAAGAGCUGGUCUUUUUGAGGAAGAUGAUGAUACGCUAACUAUAUGCCCGAAACACAGGUUUGCUCUUGGUGUUGGUUGGAGACCAAGUACACUAUGUUCUAUAGGAUGGAAAUGUACAAACAGUAAGAGCAACUUGAAAGGCACUAUCACAAAGGAGCAGUCUAUUUUUCUCAAGAAAUAUCAUCAUGUCCUACUUGGAAUUGGAUCAGGGGUGUGUUCAAGAUGCAGAAAAGAACUUGUUCAAAGAAUGGCAGACAAGGAAAACAGAGUUGAACCAAAUCCUUCAAGUAGCAUGAAUAGUAAUUGCAAUGUUGAAGCUUCUGAGUCUACAAAUGCUGAAUUUAUAAUGGAAGAAACAAAAGAAGAGAUUUCACAAAUUGAUGGUUAUGGUGAAGUCACACAAUGCAAACAGACAGUACAGGGUGCAACGAAAGCUGCAUUUUUACAGAUUGAUGAGGAAAAUUUGCAAACAGACUGCCUUAGCAUGGACAGCAUGGACGACUGCAUAUCAGAAUCUGUGUAUUCACAGUCAUCUCAAUAUUCAGAGUGGCAAGAUUCACAGGAAAGUCCAUCAAGAAAAAGGAAAAUGUCACUGAAUUCUUUUCUGGAAACAGUAGAUAUAAGUCCUGUGAAAAAAACGUUAACUGUUGACUUUGAUCUUGCAUCUGAGAGGACAAAAAAUGAUUAUGUCAGGAAAGCAAAAAGAAUAAUGCACAGUGUACUUGGUAUAUUGGUUCCACAACAGGAAUCACUAUUUGAGGAGGUUCUAUAUGAAUCUAAUGCAUACAAAGAUCAGACUCUUGAGUCAUUUUCAAAAGCAUAUAGCAGUAUGUCAAGUUGGGGAACACAGAGACAAAUUCUCUCUCUUCUAGUACAAGAUUACAGUUACAAUCAACUCAAAGACUAUAUUCCAGAUUUAUCAAGAUACAAAUUUUCAUCUGCUCGUAAACAUGCUGAGGUUGUUGGUGUUGGCAAGCCAGUUUUACAGAAAAAACAAUUUAGAGAAAAGGCUACUAUUCAACAGAUAGAAAACUUUUUAGAGUUCAUACUUUCACCAGCUAUAAUGACUGAUUCACCAUUUGGAGAAUGCACUUAUAAAAUCUCAUCUGGUAUUACACUCAAAGUUCCUAAGAUUAUUCUAAAUAGUGUACGUACAAGAACAGUAACACUGUAUUUAAAGUAUUGUGAAGAAACCCAGAACACUGAUAUUCUAUCUGAAAGGACUUACAUGAGACUGCUUGAAGCCAUUGAGCCUAAUGUGAGAAAGUCCAUGAAAGGUUUAGACAAUUUUGCUGCUGAUGGUAGCCAGGCUUUCGAUAACCUGAAAAGUGUGGUAAUGACAUUAGGAAAAGGAGGUAAAGGACAAGAAUGGGCAGAAAAGAUCAGCAAGCAGCUCAUGGAAGGGAAGCAGUAUUUAAAACUGCACUACAAGUUACAUGUUAGUUUGGACUCAGAAGUUCCUGAUCAUUGUGGCAGAUUUGGCCUAUCAUCUGAAGAAAACAGUUUCUGUAGUAAAUGUACACAUACCCAUCAUCUUUCUUGUAAUGACUGUGAAGCUCUGACCACAACUUUGAAAUUGAUAGAGGAUGCUGCAGAUAGCAUAACAUAUACAAACCAAGAACAACAAGAUGAUACAAAAUACAUUAUUGUACAGAUUUGA